AUAAUAGCACACGAUCCAGUGCAUGCUCUCUUGGUGUCUCCUCAAAACGGCUCUAUUCUCUAUGAUCUAAACUAAACCCCUCUAACACAAAUUGUGUCCACAAAACACAUUAUUAGAGCAUAGCCAUCUUUUGGUUUGUGAGGCUUUUGCAUACAGAAAUGGGUGCAAAGAGGGGCAAUUCCCCAGUGAAUGUUUUCUUGGAAAGGUUGACGAAGCUGCCAAUAAAAGUGAAGAUCUUUUUGGGGGCAUUGCUUGGUGUUUGUGCUUUGGUGGCCUUAAAGUUAACCAUCAUGAAUCAUAAUUGUUUCUUCAUAGUCUCUGAAGCAAUCCAUGCUGCUGGAAUAAUUGCCCUCAUAUACAAGCUUUUCGCCCUUAAGACAUGCUCUGGUUUAUCGCUUAUAACCCAAGAGCUCACAGCUUUAUUCCUAGCAGCAAGAUUAAGUUGUAGCACCUUUAUAGAGGCUAACGUUCACACCGUGCUAGAUCUUAUAUCUCUUAUGUCAACAUUAUUGGUUAUAUGGAUGAUGAGAUUCAAGUUAAAGUCAUCCUAUAUCAAGGACCUUGACAACCUGCGACUAUACUUUGUGGUGGUUCCUGUUGCAAUCCUUGCGAUACUAAUCCACCCUUUUAUAUUUUCUUGGAGUUUAUUUCUUCGAAUUAUUUGGGCAUUCAGCUUGUAUUUGGAAGCUGUUUCUAUUCUACCCCAACUUCGUUUUAUGCAGAACGCAAAGAUGAUUGAAACAUUUACAGGGUAUUAUGUAUUCGCCCUCGGUAUUUCAAGAUUCAUGGGACUGGCUUAUUGGAUAAUUCAGAUGUAUGAGACUGGAGGGGGACGAUUCUAUUGGGGUGGGGGUAACUAUUUCUGGUUCUUGGCAUCUUUCAUUGCUGAAAUGGUUCAAUCCUUCAUCUUGGCUGACUUUUGUUAUUAUUACAUGAAGAGCUUCAUGCAAGGACAACUUUUGAGGAAAAUGCCUGUUUAAGGAUCAAAACUCGUUCUAUAUAUUAAAAAAGAAAAUCAUGACUUAUUUGAUGUACAAUGUUUUUGAAUAAGCAUACAAUAACGUUGUUCAAGGUUGGUCAUUUUAGUCUAGGUUCUUCCUCCUUUUAUUUGAUCGACAUAUAUUCUAUAAACAUGCAAUUCAUCUAUACUAUACAUUUCAAAAUGGAAUAUUGGCAGUGUGCAACACUUCGAGCA